AGCGGCAGCUGCAGAUUGAUGAUGCCAAGCUGCUGCCGGGGACACGCCCCAGGGUGACCGGUGGUGGCCGCCUGGUGGUGGGUCAGGAUAUCGCCACAUUAGAGGGACAGUUUGACGUCUCUCACAAUUUCCACGGGGAGAUCGCUGACUUAAGGAUAUAUGAUCACCUCUUGGAGACCUCCCAUGUGAAGAGGUUCAUCCAUUGCGAGGACAAGGCCUUCAGUUCACAGGUGGCACCCAUCAUCAGUCUUGAGAAGAAGAGCUUCAUGAUCAAAGGGCAGACACAACUUUUCAACAUCUCAGAGGACGAGGUGUGCCGUCACAUCCCAGGGUACACAAUGCUCUUUCCUGAGAAAAAAACCUUUAUUGACUCCAUUUCUUGGUGCGACAAGCUGCGGGGAGACAUCGCUCUACCCACCAGCCUCGAGAAUAAUAUCCAGAUCUUUGACAAGUUCAUCGAGUUCAACAAUGAAUGUUUCGAUGUGUGGCAGGCACUGUACUGGGUGGGUGCAAGUGGCAAUGUUUCCAGCGGCCAGUGGCUCCGCCUCAUUGAUGAUCAACCCAUACACUGGCAUAACUUUAAAGAUUCCUGGGAAAGCGUGACAGAUAAGUACAGCUGUAUCCUCGCUGGCGGUAUACUUCAUCCCUAUGAGUGGUACCACGCCCCCUGUACCGUCAUCGCUUGCGUCAUGUGUAACUUUACCAGCCAUCCCGAGGUGCAUCUGCGUGGUCUGUGUGAGUCCUCACUCUUCGAUCGCUCACUCUUCCUGCAUGAGUACAUCAACAAUCGCCCAAAGUUUGACGGUGCUCGACACAGCAGCAUUAUAUGGAAUAACAAGAGCUGGGUGAUGGAGAGCCGUCUGUACCCCCAGCUGUCAGCAAAGAUGGUGGACCAGAUGGACUACCCUGUCGGCCUCCAUCUGUGGAACAUCAGAGGGGAUAAAUGUAGACAGAAAGAGGUGUACUUGCUCCUCACCGCCUGCAGGGCUGACGAGUUCACCUGUGAUGACGGCACUUGUAUUGACAAAUCACAACGCUGCGACCUCUCCACCGACUGUCCUGACCACACCGAUGAGCUCACCUGCGAUGUGAUGGCUAUACCCGAGGGCUACUCUGCCCAACUGCCGCCCCCCAAGAUCACCUUAAAACCUGUUCCUCUCCUCUUCCAUCUCAAUAUCACCUCCAUUAGGGAGUUCAACGUAGUGUCCUUCACCCUUACCAUCGACGUCAUCAUCACUAUCAGGUGGAACGACUCGAGGGUAACCUUCACAAACCUGCAGGAAGACCACCGCAAGAACAAGGUGAAACAGCCGGGGUUGUUGUGGACGCCGGAGUUGAUGGUGACAGAUGGCACACAGAGCUGGGUGCAACAUGGCCAGACAGAUGGCGGUGACCUCUACGUUGUCAAGAUGACGCCACCUAUGGCUGACAACAACGCCGUCCUUCACGAAGAUGACGUGUACAGCGGGUCAAACAACAGUCUCUUGUAUCGUCUACACAAGACUCUCAAGUCCCGCUGUCAGCUUGACCUGGAGUCUUACCCCUUCGACACUCAGCGGUGUUCACUCUUCUUCACUGUUCAGGGUAUCACUGAUUUCUCUGGCAAGCUGGACAAGGAAGGUGCUGGUUUGACCUUUGCUGGGACACGACAGUUGCUGGAGUACAACCUUGUUGACGAGACCAUCCAUGACAUUACCGAGGAGCAGGUCACCCAAAUGAAGGUCAGGCUGAAGUUCACCAACUUGUACAAGUACUACACGAUGAACGCUUUCCUGCCCAGCACCAUGAUGCUUGUCAUAUCUUACUUCAGUCUCUAUUUUGACUUGGAAGACUUUCAGGAUCGUAUCAUGGUGUCCCUGACGUCACUACUGGUGUUGGCUGCUUUCUUCAGUCAGACAAGUCUCACGAUCCCCAAGACAUCUUACCUCAAGCUCAUCGAUGUGUGGUAUGUUGCCCUCAUUUCCUACGUCUUCUUUGUCAUCAUCUCCCUCAUUUUUGUAGAGAAUCUACGCCUGAGGGACAUCAAGCAGCAGCAAUGCCCACAUAAGACUAUCCAGGUCACUCCAUUUGCACCAGGGCAUAUCUCCUCGAAGGAACUCGCCACCACCAUCCAUACUAACAGUCUGCCAGCCCGCCUCAAUUGCUUUCUGAUCGUCUUCUUUCCUUUAGCAUUUUUCGUGUUCUUUGUUUACUUUGUCGCUGCUUGUGCUGAUGGCCUUAAGGAAUAGACAGAAGAAUUUUGUUCCAUAUUUGGUUGUAGAGCCACAUAUUGUGUGGAUAAAAAAGCUAUUUCAUUAAAUGAUGCUGGGUUGUAUAAAUGGACAGGGAUAAAAAAAAAAAUUAUAUCUCCAUUAGCUGGAACAAUUGGUGCAGCACUUCCGGGAAUGAAAGAUUUCUGGGUAACUAGACAACUCUCUCAAAGCUGGAAAAACCUCCCCAUCCCCGGAAUUUUCUGGGUACUGGGAAAUUUUUCUCAGACUUGUCCAGAAAAUGUGCCCCUCAAAAACCAGAAACUUCCGGCUUUGGGAAAGAUUUUCCGAGAAAUUUUCAAUUCGGCGAUAAGAUAAAUAAUUUGGUGGUUACUGUCAUUACACGCACAUUAUUGAUUACAUUAUAUAACCUUAACAACAAAAAUAUAUCAAUUAACUCCACACAAUUAGAUUUAGGUCAAAUUUAUACUAUUCAGUAUUAAGUAAUAUUCCAGUUGCUGAAUGAAAAUUGAUCUAACAAUAUAUCACCUUAUGCCUGAGGUCUGGGGUGUACUGUAUGUCAGUACACAAGACUUAAUGCCCUCCAUGCUUCUUUUAAUCACAAAAACCCAGAUUCUCCUUAAUGGAUCAUUUAUGUAUGAUAUAUAUUGUACUGUAUAUAAUCCCUGAUGACCUCUCUGCCAUUUUAUCUUGAACCAGCUUCCCAGACAAGUCCUGCCUCACCCUCCUCCCUUGACAAAAACUACUGUACACAUACAUUAACACAUUCAUAUGUCUUACAGUAUUUUUCCAUGCUUCCUAAAUCUUAUUGUCUCCAUUACUAAUUUCUACCUUAAUAAUGAUUAAUAACCUAAAAUUAUAAUAUUUCCAUUCACUCUUCCUUAAUGAUAAAAAUAAUCAUUCCAAAGCUCUUGUCAUGUUUCCCACUCCUAUUGUUUACUGAUACAUAACCUAACAAAAACCUGACUAAGUAUAGUUGUGAUGUUUCAUUCUUAUUCAAAAUCAUUCUGAAUUCAUUCUUAAUGCCCCGUUUGUUUUUCAUCACCCAUAGGUACACCUUUCCUUUCUUAACCUUUUCUUUGCUCAUUACAUUUACACUUCACCAACAAACAUUUCUUCAGGCCCACAAGUACAGCAAUCACUUUCCUUAACACAAUUAUCUACAAACACCUCAGUCUUAAGCUCAAAGUAAUGUUUUCCUAUGCUAUACAGUACAACAAACCUUAUGUUUCACUUAUAUAUACACCAUAGGUGCAAGUGAUAAAAGCUGCUGCUCUCCUCAUUUCCCCAACUCAGAACUGUGAAACUUUAAAGGUAUAUAGGACAAGGUGCCCACAAAUUAUCUGACCAUUUAAAAACCUAAUAACCUCAAAACCAUUCUAGGUAGAACACCGGUUGUAUUAAACUUGAUGAACUCAAUUAUUCAUCUUGUCUUAAUGUGUGUACUGUAGUCUAUCUAUAAAAUUUUGGAAAUAAGAUUUAAAAUACUGUAGAUAUAUUGUCUAUCAAAGUUCCCUCCCUUAAAAAUAAUCUUAUAUAUUCCUCUCUUUAAAUACUACAGUAAAUUGUAUUCGAGACCUAUUAUAUGAUAUAAUUCACCAGACAAAGAAAAUAAUAUCUCAGAGAUCUUGAAUAAACUGUUGAGGGGACAUUUGUGCACAAGCUUUUGAACAAUUAUAUUUUGUGGGAAUUAAGAGAGUGACAACUAACUACUGUGCAGUAUACCUUAUGGGAAAUGAAGAGUAAAAAGUAAUUAUUCUUUAUAAAAAUUAAUUAUUUUCUUUCAAGAAAAUGGAGAGUAAAAAUUAAUUAGACAUAAAGAUAAAUAAAGAGAUAAAGCUUCAUGUACAGUAACUAAAACAACUAUCUGUGCAGGUGAGGGUCGAUACGCUCCAAAAUUUAACGUGUGACUAGUGACAGCCCUCAUAUACCAAAAUUUAUCGUCCAUGGUCUCAUUGUUUCCCAGAAAGUAUGCACAGAUAGUUGUUUUAGCUACUGUACAACUAGGUCAUCAGGAAGGUGUAAAACAGAGCUCAGUCUCUCUCUGGUUGAUACAUAGAAACUUAGAAAGGAAAAUUUCAGAGGAGAAUAUGUGUCAAGUCUGGUAAUAAGAACAUAAGGGAUAAUCAUUUUCUCAUCCAAAAAAUCAUGAAAUGUAUUCAUUACCUUGAAAAUUUAAUUGUAAUCCUUUAAACUUCUGGUAUCACAGUCUCUUAGGAUAAAUAUGACGGUAAUGUUACGUGUAAGUAUGAUGUGGGAUAUAAUUAUGAUACAUGUUAUUAGGAACAUACUGUACUGUAAAUGCUUUAUCUCAUAACAUCAAUCCCCAUUCCUCCAAACACUGGGCAGUAAUGGUAAGUCAAUUGCAUUAAUUCAAUACUUUUUCAACAUAAAUAAAAGUACAUGUAAACAUAAUCUAAACUGGCCUCUAGCAACACCAUGUCCUCAAUGUAGUUAAGGUAAUUCUGUACUGAUAUUUGUCUUGGGUUAUGAUUUUAAAAUUUUAAUAUAUGUGCUGUGCAUUUAAUUCCCAUAUGAAUUUAUAAUGUAAAGGUGCUAAAUUCUUUUAGUGAUCUUUAUGUAAUUACUUAACUGCACACUGUGUCAAUUGUACUGUGCCAGUGUUUUAAAUUGUUAUGGGUCACAAUAGGUAGAGGUGAGAACACUGAAGCCAUUCUGGCUGAGAGGUGGCAAAUGUGGAAGUUGUUUUGGCACUCUAAAUUUUUUGGGCUAAACCUACAUUAUGAAAUUUUAUUUUAAAUUUAGAUUCACCUUUUGGAAAGUAACAACAAUAGGUUAAAAUAGUAUGGGACUGCAGAUAUCCUUUAAGCAAAGUUUAAAGAGAGAAAUACUCUAAAUGAUAGAGAGAGAGAGACAGACAGACCAAGAGAGUAAUGUUUUGUCGAUCAAUCUAUCCAUCAUCUUACUCCAUUCCCAAUUACCUGGGGUGGAUGAAACCAAUACAUCAAGCCUUUGGUAUUAAUUCUGUCUUUACGUCGUCUACAUCUGACAUCUUGACGAGCAGAAACUUAAUUGACAUACUGUAAAGAACACGCUCGGUGGAAAUUCUGUUCUAUACAGUAGUGUGAUAAUAAAUAAAAAGUUUACUAAAUAUACUAUGAGAGAAGUUGCUUCCAUCUUUAUUAGAUUUCAUUACGUGUAAAUACUGGAGAACUAAGCAAGGCCAGAAAUGUAGGUAAGAUGCUACCACCAGACAGACUAGAGCAGCACAAGGACUUUAGCACACAAGUGGAAGCCUUAUUGUAUGCUUUAGCACUCAACUUUACUAUACAUGAAAUUUGAACACCUAUUGGAGUUUCUUCUAAGUCUAAUAUCAACAUGAAAAUAUUUCUAUUACAAUAAGAGAACUAAGAGAACAUGUGUUUCCAUACCAUCAUUCUCCAUGGUAAGAGAAUUAGCAGAACAGUGUGUUUCCAUAUCAUCAUUCUUCAUGGAGGACCAAGACCACUUACAAAAAUACUUCAAUUGUUAUAUCUUAGGUUAAAAAAAAAUAACCAUAAA